AUGUUGAUUGUUCGUUGUCGAGACGACGCUGAUGAUCGCUCUUCUGCUGAACAAAAAAUAAAUAAGAAAAGAAGGUUAUUAAAAGAUUUAAUCAUGUUUCAACAGGCUCAAUCAAAUAAUAAUAAUCUACCUCCGAAUUAUCUUCAAUUCCAUGAAAAUGCAUUCGUUUCUCCACUUAAUCUUAUCAAUAUUACACAUCCAGCACCGAUAUCUUUCGGUCGAGCUCCACAUUUUCUUAAACAGACGAUUCCUCAAUAUGAUACAUCCUCAUCCCAUCUUCAAUCCAUUGAUACAAAUAAAUUACAUAUGUAUCAAUUCUUGGCAAAGCGAAAACUUAAAGAAGAUCAACGGAAAAAAGAAAUCACGGAAAAAACUCCUCCACAACCGAAAUUUCAACAACGAAACGUUCGUUCUGCACAGCCACAGUCACGAUCAAAAAAUCCACCUGUUCGCUCUGUAUCAGUCCCAAAAAAACCUGCCGUAUCAAAGAAAGAUAAUAGAAAUGAAAUCCAGCAUUCUCCCAGAACACCAACACCAAUUCAUGUAACUCGUGCGAAUGAUUCAUACGCUACACUUUCGGUUGGAAAACAAAAUGAAUUAGCUGAUAUUCACGAACAAAUUCUUGUACAAUUACGUGUUUUACAUAAUCCACCAGCGCGUGAGCAUGCCAUAGAUGAAACUGAACAAGAAAAACAACGACGAAUAAGACUAAAACGCGAAAGAAUAAAACGCGAUUCACGAGCUGUUUAUAAUGCACACCAAGAACUUAAACAAAUAAUCAUUGACAUCCAACAACCAGAUGCUAAUCUACCUCGUCUAAUUCAUCGCCAUUUAAAUGCUUAUAAAGCAAUUUUACUUGCUACUGAAACUCUCGCGAAUGAGGCACCGCUUAAAUCUCAAGAUGCACCUGUUCAACAACUUUACGCUGCCAUUCUUCCUGUUCUAGAAACUUUAACAAAUGCAAAUCAUGCACUUGGCCUAUCUCAAUUGCGUAUUGAUCCAUCGUGUUUUCAUAGUCCUCCAGCAAGAGUCAUUAAUCCACGCACUACGUCUGAUAAUCGUGCAUCACCAUCGAAUCAACUUCUACCUGCGAUUUACAGUGAACUCAUGAAAAAGAAACAACGAAAACCACGAGCACUACCAUCAGUAUUACGUCCACGUAGUGCCGAAUCAGUACGAUUACCUCGCGCGGAUACAGCAUCUAUAACGCGUCCAACAAUUUCAAUGCAAAAUAAAACUCGUGCACGAAGCCAUUCGCCAUUACCAUCGUUAAAAUCCGCUUCGACAAUCGAAACUCCAUUUUAUUCACGUUUUACUGUGGAUCAUAUUCUUGCUAAAUUAGCACCGCGUCUUCUCUCUAAUUAUACCGGCCAAGAAUUGAAUGAUCAAAUAGAACGUGCACGAACAUUGAUUCCAAUGUUUCUUGUUGAUAAUCAUCUGAGUGAUGAUGAAAUUUCCAGCCGUGUUGUACAAAUGCUGAUGCCAAGACAAGAUCAAAAGCAAAUUCUUGCAUCGACAACUGCCUUUGAAGUUUUCGAAACACCAGAAGAACGUGCUCGUCGUACUAAUCUUGAUGUUUAUCAAACACAGAUAUCGACAUGGGACGAUGAAAUGGCGCAAAUUCGACAACGUGUUCAAAAUUAUAAAACAAAUCGACUAGAACAAGAAACAACAGUACGAAGAACGGUAAGAUUUCAAACCGAUCCAGUACCGCCACCGUUACCAGAAAAUGUUCAAAUUCAUAGACCACUUCUUGAACAUACACUUGAAGAUUUUGUUCUACCGCACGAAAAUAAACAAGCAUUCGAAAAUGCAAAUGCACAGCCUUCAUCUCGUGGUUGCAUUCGAUUGAAUGGUCUAGAUUCAAGUAAAAUUCGAGAAAUCGAACGUUAUCGACGAGAUUAUCGAGAUUAUUUACAAAGAACAGAAUCGGCUAAAAGCGAAGAUUUUGAUCCAUGUCAAGCUAUUAAUAGAUUAUCAGAAUUUCUACUCGAUGAAGCUUUGUUGACUGUUGUUAACGAAGUUGAAUUAUUUGCUGUUGAAAUAAGUCAAAAAUUAGUAGAAAAUGAAUUACUUGGUAAAGAAAUAUCAUUAGCCGAUGUUGAAAAACAACAAAAGCAUCAUCAUCAACAACAACAACAACAACAAAAUCGACGUCCAAUACAACAAAUCGAUAGAAAACGUUCGCCAGUAUCGCCCUCAUCUGCGAGUGAACGAUAUACAUCAAGUUUUGAAGAGGAUAUUAAUACUGAAAGUCGCAUAUCUCGUUCCGACGAAGAAAAUGCUCAACGAAGAAAAUCGCCAAUGGAAGGUACUGGUCGUUUUACAACAACAGCAGCAUUUGAACAGAGAAAAUUGCCACGAGAUCGAGUACAUUCGUCUACACCAUCAUCAUCGUCGUCGUCGUCGUCGUCGUCGUCGUCGAGAACUCAUUCACCACAAGGAAUUAUUAUGAAGCCAACAGUUGUUGUUAAACAGCCAAGUUCAAUUCAUGAAGAAAAUAAUGAAUAUUCUGAUCGUGAUUUUGAUUCGUCAGCAUCAUCAAGAUCCAAAGGACGUCAACAACCAAUUCGACAUCAACGAAGUGAAGAUGAUGAAGACGAUGAUUUAUUAUUGAGUACGAAAAUGGGCGAGAAAAUUUAUUCAACUGAUUUUGAAGAAUCAAAAAGUAAACUUCGUAGUAUCAGCCAUUAUGAUGAUGAUGACGACGAUGAUGAUGCUGCUGAUACAAUUAAAUUAUCGGCUCGAUCAAUAACUAAAGCUCAACGUCGUUCAUUUUAUAGCGAAGACGAUGUUGAUGUUGAUGAUGACGAUGAUUAG